UUGAAAGCUAACUUAGCGUUAGCGACGUAGUUCGCUUAUCUGAAAAGGAUUUCAUAGUGAAAACGCUAGUAUAUGAUACAAAAACAGAAUGCAGGUUCAAUGCGCUGUGCCGGGCUGUCCUGGGGGGCAAUCCGACCCCCAGCCCCUCUUCAGGUUCCCAUGUGGCCCAGAAAGGUCGAAGAAGUGGGUUGAAAAGUGUCAGAGGCAAGAUCUCAGCGACAAAUCAGCAGAGCAUUUGUUUGAGUGCUACAGACUGUGUGGGAAACAUUUUGAAGCAUCCUUGGUUGAAAGUGACGCUCAGGGUACAGUGUUGAAGGAUGGUGCCAUACCAACUAUCUUUGAAGGACAGAGCAAACCUCAAAAUGGACAGGGGAAGCGCAGUAAUGCAAUGACCAAGGAUGAUGAAACAGACAGUAAGGGUAGAAAAAAACUCAAGAAGUCUCAACCAGAGACAGCUAAAAAAGAUGUCCAGACUCCCCCAGAAGAAGAGGAACACAAAGAGUAUCUUAAGUCCUUAUUUAAAGUUCUUGUACUAUUGGGAGAGCAAAGCAUUCCUCCGACAGGGCCCGGCGACAAUAAACAGGAUGGCCUUGGGUCAAGUAACUUUCAAGCAUUGUUAGAAUAUAGCAUGAACUGUGGAGAUGAGGUCCUUAAGAAGAGGUACGACGCGAAUACAAAGAGCUGCUCCUCAGCUCAGCUCAGUCUGCUGGUUGAGGUUUGUGAGAAAUACAUCCGCAGUAAGCUUGUGGAGGAAGUUCAACAAAAUGGCUUUUUCUCCUUACUUACUGAUGACUUGGUGAAGAUCUCAGGAGAAUGGUUCCUCCCCGUCUUUCUCCGUUUUGUGGACCAGUCUAACUGCCAGCAGGAGAGGUUUGUUGGAUUUUUGUCCUUCGAAGGACACGCAGAGGCCUUAGCAGAGAAACUUCUCUCUGAAAUGACGGACCAUUGGGGUUUGGAUAUGGAGCAGUGUAGAGGUCAAGCCCACUCCUGCUCUGGGACACAUUUAGGUAAACUAAAAGCAUUUUCUGCCAAAUUGUUAGAAAGGUAUCCAAUGGCAAUGCUUACACCCAGAUCUACUCGUACAUUGAACCUGGUACUGGCAAAUGGAAUGGCUUUGUCAGGGGUUCAGCUUGUUUUGUCGACCUUGAAGAAGAUUGAGUCAUUCUUUAGUGAGUCCACUCUACUGCAGUUGGAGUUGGAGCAUGCCAUUUCGAUUUUCUACCCGGACAAAGAAGAGAGAGCCAAGGAGCUGAAGGAGAUCUGUGGAACCAGCUGGACCAGACGACAUGAUGCGUUUGAGGUGGCCUUGGAAAUCCUAGAGGCAUUGUUACUCUGUGUGGACAGUGUUCAUGACAACGAGGACAUGAGGUGGAACGAUCAAGUCACACACAACGCUUUAGAGAUUUCAAAAGCACUAGCUGAUUUUGAAUUCGUAAUGGCUUUGGUUGUGCUGAAAAACACUCUUACACUGACACAAGCUUUCGGGAGGAACCUGCAAGGCAAAGCAUCAGAUGUCCACUUUGCCGCAGCGAGUUUAAAAGCUGUAUUGCACUCCCUGAAGGAAGUGUCUGACAAUAUUGAUGUUUAUCACGAGUUCUGGAACGACGAGGCCGCUAACCUAGCCACUGCGAUGGAGAUCCCAAUUAAGGUUCCUCGGUCUUACUUGAGAAAGCACCAGUCAGAAUCUGGAGCUGUUCGGCCGGAGAGUUACUACAAGAAGCACCUGUCUGUUCCCAUAGUGGAGCAUGUCAUCAGAGAAAUUGAUACUCUCUUCUGUGAGGACCACCUGAAGGCUAUGAGAUGUCUGUCCCUGGUCCCUGCCGUCAUAGAGCAGCACAAGUCUACUGAACCUGAGGAAGAGAGUCUGCAAGUGUUUAAGGACUCCAUCCCUAAUGCAGGAAGCCUCUCCGCCGAGAUGCACUGUUGGUGGGUUAAAUGGAGCAAAAGGGGCAAAGGCGAGACUUUUCCCACCAAUCUCCAGGAAACGCUGCAGCUGGCCGAUGUGAAGUUCUUCCCGAACAUGCUCGCAGUUCUGAGGCAGAUCGCCAUCAUCCCAACCUUGACUCUGGAGGACAGCUGUGAUGUGGCGUACAAGCGCUUCCAGAUGUACAUGGAGAACACGCCUGACCAAUUCAAAUCAAAAAGUAUUGCUCUUUUGAACAUAAACUGUGAUGUAGCAUAUGAUCUGGACUCAAUGGUUGAGGUUUAUAUGAAGACAUACCCUGACAGGGAGGAUGUGUCUCUGUGAUUUGGUAGUGAAGCCUCCAGACAGAUUACCCACAGCUUUGUUAAUGAGUCAUACCACUUUAUUUGUGUUGUUACUUACAUAUUUGUACUACUUGAGCCAUUAUACUGAAGUAGCAUCUUUUAUAGCUUUUUUUUUUUUUAUUGUUUUAGAAUGUAAAUGAAUGAGAGACUGGCUCGCAAAGUGUCAUGAAUUUAGUAAUAAACAUCUGUGAUUUUCUUUUUUUUUCACGAUGGGAGUCCUUGCUAUACUCUUUUCUUGUUAUGUUUCCAGUAUUAGCCACUCUGUUCACAUCCUCUAGACCUGCCAGGGUUCAAAUGAGUCAUGAUACCAGCUAUCCAAGUCCAUUCCUCAACUCUUAAAAUAAUUGUAAUAGUUUCUUACCUUAGGUAGAAGUGAAUACUUGUCUUGGCUUUGUCAAAGUGUUUUGCUCUGUCACCCAGUGAACUGCAGAAUUGGAUAAGGGGGGUCAGCUUUACAUCCUUCUAUAAACCUGUUAAUAAAGAGCCUGU